AUGGCGGAGGCUCUUGGAGCUUUGUUGGAAGCCAGCUUGGAUCCGCGUAGGAACAAGGAAGCUGAGAACGCCCUUCGUCAAGAGGAACAGAAGCCUGGCUUCUCUCUACAGCUUCUUCAGAUUACAGCGUCGGAGUCCUCCCCUCAUAACCUUCGUCUUGCGAGUGCCCUGUGCUUCAAGAACUUCGUCAAGCGCAACUGGACAAAUGAAGAUGGAGAAUACAAGCUGCCACUUGAUGAGGUUGCUACUAUCAAGCGUGAACUGAUCACCUUGAUGAUUUCUGUGCCCCCGGCAGUCCGAACUCAACUUGGUGAGGCGGUCAGCGUGAUCGCAGACAGUGACUUCUGGGAGCGUUGGGACAGUCUAGUAGAUGACCUUGUCUCGAAAUUAUCCCCAGAUAACCCUACGGUCAACAUUGGUGUCCUGCAGGUUGCGCACUCUAUCUUUAAGCGCUGGCGACCUCUGUUCCAGUCCAAUGAGCUGUAUAUUGAGAUUAACCAUGUUCUCAACAAGUUCGGCAACCCAUUCCUGGCUCUAUUCGAGGGACUGGAUAACUAUCUCGAGCAAAACAAGUCCAAUAAAGAAAACCUCACACUGGGCUUUACCCAGCUGAACCUCAUGAUCAAGUUGUUCUACGAUCUCUCCUGCCAUGACCUCCCUCCGAUGUUCGAAGAAAAUAUCUCUGCGAUCGCUACUAUCCUUCACAAGUACUUGACAUACGACAGCCCGUUACUUCACACCGAUGACGAUACCGAGGCGGGACUGUUGGAGUAUGUCCGUGCGGGUAUUUUCGAGGUCUUGACCCUAUAUGUCCAGAAAUUUCUGGAUGCUUUCGGACCACAGGUCGGACAGUUCAUCCAGAGCUCCUGGGGUCUUUUGACCACCAUUGGCCAAGAGACGAAGUACGAUAUCCUUGUGAGCCGAGCCCUGCAUUUCUUGACUUCGGUGGCUAGCAUGCCCGAGCAUGCGGCAGCUUUUCAAUCGGAGGAAACGCUUGGCCAAAUCAUCGAGAAAGUCAUUCUACCAAAUGUCAGCUUGCGUGAGUCAGAUGAAGAACUUUUCGAGGAUGAGCCUAUCGAGUUCAUUCGACGGGACUUGGAGGGUUCUGAUAGCGAGACUCGACGACGUGCGGCUACGGAUUUCCUCCGUCGCCUCGCCGAAAAAUUCGAAGAAUCGGUGACAAAGGUCGUUCUGAAGUACACUGAGCAUUAUCUGAAUGAGUACUCCAAGAGUCCUGCGUCGAACUGGAAAUCCAAGGAUACUGCGGUUUACCUUUAUUCCGCUGUUGCGGCCAAGGGCGUGGCAACCUCCACCCAUGGUGUCACCGCCACUAACAGCCUGGUCAGCAUUACGGACUUCUUUCAACAGCAACUCGCUGCUGAUCUGGUUGCGGAUGAUGGCGUUCACCCAAUUCUCAAAGUCGAUGCCAUCAAGUACCUUUACACCUUCCGCAGCAUCAUCACAAAGGAGCAAUGGCAACAGGUGCUCCCUGUCUUGGUGAAGCACCUGGCUUCUUCCAACUACGUUGUAUAUACAUAUGCAGCAAUUGCAGUGGAGCGGGCUCUAUUCCUCAGUGAUGGUCAGGGCCAGCCAGUCAUUCCCCCAACUGAAAUUACUCCUCUCGCCAGGGACCUCUUAGAGCACAUCUUCCAGCUUAUCCAGAGAGAUCCUGCUCCUCAGAAGGUGCAGGAGAACGAGUUCUUAAUGCGAUGCGUGAUGCGUGUACUGGUUGUUAUUCGCGAUGGCGUAGUUCCCUUCGCCGAUGUUGUGCUGCAACGCUUUAUCACCAUCACUCAGAUCAUCAGCUCGAACCCCAGCAACCCCAGAUUCUACUAUUUCUUCUUCGAGGCCAUGGGGGCGUUCAUUCGUUAUGCGGCACCUGCCAAUCCCGACAAGCUGGAGCAAGCUCUCUACGCGCCCUUCGCAGGCAUUCUUCAAGGGGACGUGCAAGAAUUCAUGCCAUAUGUCUUCCAGCUGUUCGCAGCACUGCUAGAGGCCAACUCAUCAGCGAAUCUGCCUACUUAUUACCAGGAGUUGAUUGCACCUAUUUUAAUGCCUGUUAUGUGGGACUCUCGAGGAAAUAUUCCUGCCUUGGUCCGUCUGCUCUCUUCGAUUAUUCCCCGAGGAGCGCAGUACAUUAUCGAGCACAACCAGAUCGAGCCUAUUCUGGGUAUCUUCCAGAAGCUUGUUUCUACUAAGGCCAACGAGGGCUAUGGGUUUGACUUGCUCGAGACCGUCGUUGCCACGUUCCCACCGACUGCCCUGGAGCAAUAUUUUGUUAUGAUUAUGCAAAUUGUUUUGCAGCGUCUUCAAAAUUCCAAGACCGAGAAUCUUUCGCUUCGCUUCGUUCGCUUCUAUCACUUCAUUACUUCCCAUGAUGACAAGGGAUACAACCCCGAUUUCGUCAUGCAGGUGACGGAGAAAGUGCAGCAAAAUCUUUUUACCCCUGUAUACCUGAAUGUCAUUCUUCAAGACACCCAGAAACUUGCCCGUCCCUUGGACCGCAAGACUGCAGUCAUCUCCCUUACCAAGACAUUAGCCAACUCGGACGCUUUCGCCACACGCUAUGCAAAGGGAUGGGGAUUCACUUGCAACACGCUCCUAAAACUCCUCGAACUUCCCCCCGAUGUGUCUCACAAGGAUGACAUCGGCGCCGAGGUGGAUGUCGAGGAGAUGUCUUUCGGUGUUGGUUUUACUCCCCUCAACACUAUCAAGCCCCAACUGAAGGACCCAUGGCCCGAAACUGGCGCUGAUCUGAAGAAGUGGGUCGGCACAUAUCUCAAGGAGGCUGACAAGAAGCACGGAGGCCGGAUUUCGCAAUUCGCACAGGAGCGAUUGGACGACCAGGCCAAGGCCGUGCUGGGUAGCUACAUCUCCUAA